AUGCCGACCGAAUUAGAAGAGCUCGUCGAGUUCUUGCAUCAUGGCAAUACUCAGAUCCGACAGAUCGCUGCAGAGAACCUUGUCGGCUACUCAACAGCACAACCGGCACUCUUCAAACGCAACCAACUCGAACCAGUAAAAGACUUGAAGCUUCUGCUCAAAGACUAUGGACCGAUCGCCACAAAUGCACUCACAAUGUUGGUCAACAUUUCCGAGGACGCAGAAGUGCUCAAAUCUUUGUCCGAAGACGACGCUUUCCUCGAAUCAUUAUUACGGAGGGUGACAGAUGCCAAAGAACCAAACGCAAACCUCAUGUGCAUGCUUCUCGCCAACCUCGCCAAGUCCGACAACGUCAAGAAGUUAUUGACUUUGAAGCGAGACGUGCCGAAACCACUCUCGACAUCGCCAAUCGCCAUCGAUCAAUUGCUCGACUGCUUCGUCAAAGGUGCCGGAGGCUCCUACAACAAGGACGCCGACUACGACUACCUAUGCUACCUCUUUGCAGAUCUGGCGAAGCACGAGGAAGGAUGGAACCACUUCCUGACCGCUCGAGCUGAAGGUGAAGACGAAGUCGUGGAGAAGGUCAUCCCACUGACGAAGCUCGUUGUGUUCACCGAGCACAGCUCAGCGAUUCGACGGCGAGGUGUGGCGAGCACGAUCAAGAAUGUCUGUUUCGACAUACCGGCACAUGAAACGCUUCUUGAAGAAGCCGGCGUGAACUUACUCCCGUACAUUCUCCUUCCACUAAUGGGCAACGAAGAGUACGCUGAUGAGGAUACUGAUGGCAUGCUGGACGAAUGCCAGCUCUUGCCACCGGACAAGGAACGCGAGAAGCAGAACGAUAUCAUCCUAAUCCAUCUCGAGACGUUACUGCUUCUGACAACAACGCCGGAAGGCAGGAAGAAGUUACGAGACGUCAAGGUCUAUCCAAUCGUGCGAGAGCUGCAUCUCCACGCGGAAGAUCAGGAUGUUCGGGAUGGGGUCGAUCGAUUAGUGCAAGUCUUGCAAAGAGGCGAGGAAGGAGACGUGCCGCACGAUGCAGACGUCCCGAAAGUGCAGGAGCUCGAGGACGAUGAAGACGAGCAAAUUGUGGACGUGCUAUGA